UCUAAAAACAGGAAACUUGAUCCGACCCAAUAUAUUGUUUCUAAAUCCAAGCCUCUAUUGUAAUUUGUAAGAGUAACGAGGGUUUAUUUGAUGACAUGACAGCAGAAGCGCAGCAGACAAAGGCGGGAAAGGCCGCGAAGUCGAGUAGGAAUGAAUGGAUCGAAGCGGGAAGACGAGUUCUCUAUUUUAACCCCCUUCCCCUUUUUAUAUUACUGUCUUGGGUCCCCUCCUCGUCGUCGCCGUCACCACCCUCCCUCUCCUCUCUCUUCUGAUCCCCCCUCCGUGGCACCGGCGAUCCCAAUCUUGCGAGGGGAGGGUGGGAAGGAGGAGGAGAAGAAGAAGAAGAAGAAGCACCUGGGGAUCCGACACAUGGGCAUCCAGAAUCUCCUCAGAUUCCUGAAGCCAUUCAUACGUCCCGUCCACAUCAGGAAAUACGCCGGGAAAAGGGUGGGCAUCGAUGCCUAUUCGUGGCUCCACAAGGGAGCUUAUUCUUGCAGUAUGGAGCUCUGCCUCGACAUGCCGGGUGAAGCUGCGAGGCGUUAUCUCAACUACUUUAUGCAUCAUAUCAAUCUCCUCCGGCAUUACAAGAUCAUGCCUGUCGUCGUCUUUGACGGUGGCAGCAUCCCUUGUAAGUCCGCCACGGAUCAUGAGCGCCACAGGCGAAGAGAAGCUAAUUUUGAGUUGGCAAAAGAGAAGCUCAAGCAAGGAAACACUGCAGGUGCCAUUGAACUUUUCCAGAAAGCAGUACAUGUCACGCCUUUGAUGGCUCAUAAGCUGAUUCAGAUCUUAAGAUCAGAAGAUGUGGAAUUCAUAGUUGCUCCCUAUGAGGCCGAUGCUCAAUUAGCAUACUUAUCUUCCCUCAAACCUGAUCAAGGAGGCAUUGCAGGUGUAAUAACAGAAGACAGCGACCUCAUUGCAUACGGUUGCCAGGCUAUCAUAUUUAAGAUGGACCGCUAUGGUAAUGGUGAGGAAAUUCUUAUGGACAAAGUCUUCAAGAGUGCUUCUGAUGGACUUUCCUUCAAGGAUUUUGAUAAAGAAUUGCUCACAGGUAUGUGUGUCCUGGCUGGAUGCGACUUCCUUCCUUCCAUUCCAGGAAUUGGGAUUAAGAGAGCUUAUUCUUUUGUCUCCAAGUACAAGAACUUAGAUCGUGUUCUGUCAGUUUUGAGACUUGACAAGCGAUAUAAAAUGCCAGAAGAUUACUGCGAGUCUUUUAGGAAAGCAGUUGCAGUCUUUCACCAUGCUCGAGUAUAUGAUAUGGCUACACGAGCAUUAAAACAUUUGAAGCCUUUAGAAGAGAAGCAUCUGGAGUUUCUAAAUGGUGAUCUGGAUCUUCUUGGACCUGAGCUCCCGCAAUCAGUAGCUGCUGCUGUCGCCGAAGGCAAAUUGAACCCCAUUACCAUGCAACAUUUUGACUAUCUCCCUAACGCUGAAAUGUGCUCGGAGUCUGUCAGCGUCCUAUCCUACUAUCGUACAUCUGGUGAUGAAUUGAGAAUCUCAUUCACAGAGGGGAGUUGCAUUACAAUGUGUUCAUCUGAGCAAAACCAUGAAGAGCAUAUAACAGUUGCAAGAGAGACGGCUUUGGAUCAGAAGUACAUUAAAGAAGCUUUUGCGCUGGGUAUGUUGGUUGCACCAGCAGAGUGUCAUCAAGUAAUGGAGCUUGAAGUAGAUAAGGCAUCAGUACCUGAUAACAAUCCAUUCAAGAAGAGAAAACUAGAAAAGAGUAGUUCUCAAAAGGAUGACCAGAGGGCGGCACUGGCUGUGGUGACACAAGAUGAAAACUCUCUUGGUACGGUGUGUUCUUCGCCGCAGUCACAGGAAAGUGUGGAGUCCAAGCCGAAUAAGUCAACGUCCAUCGGAAAAGAUAAGACUCGGAGAGGGAGGCCUAAAACGAAGAACGAGAAUAAGAGCGCAGGGAUUAAGAAAAACGGUAUACUCAAAUUCUUCCAACCUUUGUAGAUCUAAUUUUUCUUGCAUUGCAGUGUUUUUAUCUUUCGCUAUGGGAGAAUUUUCAUGCCCUCAAUUUUGGUUCAAUUUUUUCGAGAAUAUUAUUGUUGCAGAUUAUAUUAUCUAUUUUUAUUUUUUGAUCAAUCAAUGUAUUGUGAUAUCUAGUUUAAUCUCCUACUAAAAUGGGAGAAAAUUGAGUUGAUUUAUAAGGUAAGAUGAGUUUGUUAUCAUUAA